GGACGGCGGACUUGCGAGCUGGUGUCUUUGGCUCCCGUGCGGCGACUGCGAGCGAGGUCAGAUUCUAAGAUGGGUGAUAUUGAGAAGGGCAAAAAGAUUUUUGUCCAGAAGUGUGCUCAGUGCCAUACCGUGGAGAAAGGAGGCAAGCACAAGACUGGGCCCAAUCUCCAUGGUCUGUUUGGGCGGAAGACGGGUCAGGCACCUGGAUUCUCUUAUACUGAUGCUAACAAGAACAAAGGCAUCACCUGGGGAGAGGACACGCUGAUGGAGUAUUUGGAGAACCCCAAGAAGUACAUCCCGGGAACAAAAAUGAUUUUCGCUGGCAUUAAGAAGAAGACCGAGAGGGCAGAGUUGAUAGCUUACCUCAAAAAGGCUACUAAGGAGUAAUAGUUGGCACCGCCUUAUUUAUUACAAAAAUGUCUCGUGACUUUUUUAUGUGUACCAUAUUUAAUUCCAUCUCGUUCAUCAGAAUUCAGAUCAUGAGUGGCUGGUGUAGCUUUUUUUGUUGUUGUUGGACGGCCCUGAUUUAAAUAAGAUUGGCUUGUGUUUAAAUGACUUAUCAGCUUUUUGAAUUUUGAUAAUUCCAGGUCAGCAAGUGCAAAUCACUUUGCUCCUUCUAAAGAUAUGAUUGAACUUAAUUGGUCACAGUCACCUUUCCAAGAGAUGGGGUUGCCAUUUACAUACAUACCUGUGGGAGAAUAGUUUUCUAUGACUGGCUAGGUUAAUUUACCUAAAGAUUAAGGAAAUCAUUGUCUCCUAGAGCAGGAAGACUUACUGUUUUAGGUUGUGUUCAAUAACUUAGUAAAGGAAAAAACAGGAUAAGAUGACAGUGACCCUUAAAUCUUUUUGUUAUUAAUUAUGCCAACUUAAUUAAAAAUUCCCUAUAUCUAAAAUGUUUUCUUUCACUUAAAGACAAGUGUUUUAGUAUGAUAUAUGUAUAGUAUCAAACAAAAAUACCUAACACUUCUCAUCUUUUAAA